AUGCCACCGUUAUUCAUAGUUAUCACCUUUCUCCUUUCCACUGUUUUUCGGAUAUCAGAGAGUAUACAUCAUCAUUUGAACGAAGAAGAGCUCAAACAAGUCUUCGGAGUUUCCAACAAACAUGAUGUUCCUGAAUACAGUCUCAUUGAAACAACGAGGCAUCCUCUCAAAAAUGGCGACAUGAAAAUGAAAUUCGUCGCUUUCAACGACACGUACCAUCUGAAUCUCCGCAAAAAUUCACGAAUUGUCAGUCCACACAUCAUCUCCGUGAUUCGACAUGCCGAUGAUUCCGUCACUACUUACAAUGGUUUACGGAAUUAUGAACAUUGUCACUACCAGGGAGAAGUCAAGUCACAUGGUAACAUGAAAGCCGCAAUAUCCGAUUGUGGCGCUCUGAUGGGUUCGAUUGUAAUGGAGGAUCAUUUUCUGGUACUACAGACGCUGCCCAAACGAGUUCACCAUCUUCAGAAAGAGCGUCAUCUGGUGUACAAAAGAUCCGCAGGACUAUUGACCGAUGCAGAAAGUAAAAUCCGUGAAGAAAUCACCAAACUCCAGGAGGAACAAGAAUCAUUCUGUGAUACCAGCGAACAAUUGGAUGACCCAGCAAUGACAAUUCCAGCCCAUCUGCAUUUCAACUACACAAUUCCAACUUCUGCACAACUUGACUCUCCAUUCAUAUUCCCAAAUAUGGACCCAAUUACUCUAGAAAUCGGGUUAUUUCUUGAUUCUAAGCUUUUUGAGCACUUUGAAAGAGAAUACAUCCAAGACGCUGAGCAACAUCUCCUAGAGUUUUCAUUGGCAUUGAUUAAUAACGUGCAUGUGCUUUAUCAACAAGAUACACUUACACCAAAUUUGGAUAUUGUGAUUGUCCGUUACGAAAUGUGGAAAACUCAACCAAGCGCUUUGAGCACCGGAGUUCAUAAAAAUGGUCAGGCUCAAAGUCUCCUAGACUCUUUCUGCCGUUAUCAAGCCCAUAUGAACCCCGGCACGGAUCUUACUGAUAUGAACCAUUGGGAUCAUGGAGUUUUGUUGACUGGUUACGAUAUCUACCAUACAACAACGUCCGUAGCAGGAGUCGCACCUGUAGCAAGAAUGUGUGACCCUCUUUUUGCUUGCUCUCUCGUAGAAGGUCUCCAUCUUGGACGAUCUUUUGUUCUGGCCCACGAAAUGGGACAUAACAUGGGAAUGGUCCAUGAUGGUGUUCAAAACCAAUGUAACAAAGGAUGUUGUUUGAUGUCUGCAGUAAACGGUGCUGGUAAAACAACAUGGUCGGAUUGUUCGGUUAGAGAGUUCAAUGCAUUCUUAUUGCAACUUGAUGAAUCCGGAAGAGGAAACUGUCUGCGUGACGCUUCACCUGGUCUGAUUUCCACAAAUCAUUUGAGUGAUGUUCGUCUGCCUGGACAAAGAUUCACUGCAGACCAACAAUGCUCAUAUUUUUGGGGUCGAGACUACAAAGUUGAAAUACCAAAUGGAAAAUCGAUGGAUGAUAUUUGUCGUAUUCUUUGGUGUGGUAAUAGUGGUUCAACUAUAUCUACUGCUCACCCGGCAUUAGAAGGGAGUUGGUGUGGAGUCAAUAAAUGGUGUCACAAAGGACACUGCACCCCUUGGCUAUUUGGUCUCCCACCAGUUGCAAUUGAUGGUCAAUGGAGUGAAUGGGGAGGUGCAGAGAAGGGAUGCCCUAUUCAACAAUGUGCGGUGUCUGGAAGUAUCACAAUCCAAGCUCAACACAGAGACUGCGUGGAUCCAGCACCAAACAACGGUGGUAAAACUUGUAGCGGCGCAAAUAUUCGUGGAAUCGUUUGUGGUGCCACUAGCAGUAACUGCUUAGGGUUCACAAGAGAGGAGUUUGGAAAUAAAAUCUGCUCGUCUAUAAAGUACGACCCUCAUAAGCCUGAUCAACAAUUAACAGGAGAAGGAUUUGAACAUUCCACUCAACCUUGUCGUGUAUGGUGUCAUCUUAUUGGUUCAGAGCUUAUCAGAAACAAGGGCCAAUUUCCUGAUGGAACACCUUGUGGAUAUGAUGCUUACUGUGUUGGAGGACAGUGUUUAGCUCUGUCUUGUGACAACAAAGCACUCGUGGAGCAACCUGAAGAUUGUCCAAGACUUGAAGGAAGAAGUGUACACCAGUGGGAAGAUUGGUCAUCGUGGUCAGAAUGUAGUGUCUCAUGUGGUCCUGGUGGCAGACAAGUUCGUGAGAGAAAGUGCUCAUCUGGUAGAAAAUGUCAAGGAGUUUCGGAAGAAAGUCGAGCAUGUGAAGGUGUACUUCGUGACUGUGAAGAGUUUGGAGAGUGGAAAGAAUGGGGAUCGUGUAGUGAAAAAUGCGCGCUUGGAAUUCAAAAACGGUUCCGCUCAUGCCUAACCGAUCAGUGCUCCGGAGAACACUUGCAACAACAAAGACCAUGUGAUAAUGAAGGGUGUUGGACUAAUUGGGAUGAGUGGUCGUCUUGUUCACAAACUUGUGGUGGUGGGAGAAGAUACAGGAUACGAAAAUGUCUUGACGACAAAUGUGACGGUGAUGAUUUGGAAAAAGAGUCCUGUAACACUCAAAAGUGUGUGUCUCAAACUUGGGGAGACUGGCUACCAUGUUCUGUUUCCUGCGGAAUCGGUUUCCAAAUCCGAGAAAGAUUGUGUGAUGGAGAACUUUGUGCAACUGCGAACAAACAAGCCAGGACAUGUAAUCAACAGCAAUGCCCAUCCACUUUUUCAUUAGCUGUCUGGAGUGAAUGGGGUGAAUGGACCACUUGCUCUGCAACAUGUGGAGAAGGACAACAGUCCCGAGAGAGGACAUGUAGACGUGGGUCUUGCACUGAAACCGAUUCUUCUCAAACCCGACGAUGUGUCAACGGACCAUGUGAUCAUUCUUAUCUUCCAUGGUCUGACUGGACUGCUUGUGAGACUUGUUCAUCAUUUGAUAGCAGGAAGCGUAUUGCGAAAUGUGAUGGUACUACUGAGAACUGUCAAGAUAAAAUUGACGAAGAAACAUGUGAUAAUGCUUGCCUUCGAGAGCAACAUUCCUUUGGACCAAUUUCUCCAAAACGACCGAAGAUUAUCACAAGUAAUGAUUUGAGAAAGGCAUUUGGUCGACCACUACUCCCAAUUGAAUCCAUCACGGGCGAGAAAUGGAGUGAAUGGGGACCAUGCAGUGUUACGUGUGGAUCUGGAAGACGUAUCAGAACCAGAGACUGCCAAGAAGAAAACUGUGAGGAGAGAAACAUACAGAGUGAAGAAUGCAGUUUAAACAGCUGUCUCGAACUGUUUAUUUGGAGUGACUGGUCUUCCUGCUCGAAGUCUUGUGGGCGUGAUGCAACUCAAACAAGGCAAAAACUGUGCUUGUUCAAUAAUGCAGAGUGCUCAAGCUACGCAGAAAGCAGAAGGUGUAAAGAUCUGCCAUCUUGCUCUUCAAUUUCAAGUGGCAACACCAUCUCAGAAAAUUCUUUUGACGCACCGCGAUGGUCGGAGUGGUCCUCAUGGAGCGCUUGCUCUUGCUUCUCAUUAACCUCCACUCGUCGAAGAUUCUGUCAAGUGGCUGAUCCAACCGUUCAAGGUUUCUGCGCCGGGUCGAUCCUAGAGCAGAUCCCUUGCGCUCCUGGUAAUUGUUCACCGUCAGCAGGUGGUUGGUCAUUAUGGUCGGAAUGGUCAUCUUGCUCGAAAGAUUGCGGAGACACCGGCCAUCAAAUUAGAAAUCGAAUGUGUAGUGAACCGAUACCAUCGAAUCGGGGUUCCUAUUGUUCGGGUUACUCAUUUGACCAACGACCAUGCGUAAUGGAUAAUGUGUGUGGAGAUGGAAAAGUGGACGGUGGAUGGACUGACUGGACAUCAUGGAGUGAAUGUACCGAUUAUUGCAGAAACGGGCAUAGAAGCAGAACGAGAUUCUGUGCAAACCCUAAACCAUCUCAAGGAGGUUCUCAAUGUUCAGGUUCCGAUUUUGAACUCAAUCCAUGUUUUGAUCCUGCUAGAUGUCACUUGAGAGAUGGCGGUUGGUCCAGUUGGUCAGACUGGUCAGCUUGUUCGGCUUCCUGCGGAUUUGGCGUCCAGACACGAGAUCGAACGUGCAGUUCGCCGGAGCCAAGAGGCGGACAAUCAUGCACUGGACUAGCACACCAAACAUCGCUAUGUGAUCUACCCGCAUGUGACCACGAGAGUGACGGUGAGUGGUCAGCAUGGAACGAAUGGUCGGGUUGUAUGGGUAACUGUGGUAUUGGUACGAAAACGAGAGUACGAGCAUGUGUCAGUCCACCAGCAAGUGACGGGGGCCAACCGUGUUUUGGAAGAUCCUCCGAAAUCACAGAGUGCCGUCAAUCACCGUCAACUGCUCUGUGCUCCUCGUUCAUUACUUCGUCACACUUAGCAGACGGUUAUUUUAUCGAAUCCGACCAACGGCAGUAA